UGUGUUUCAGUGUUGUGUUUAUAUCAAAUGUUGUGCCAGCUGACAUUGUGUUGUUGGUGAAGUCGUCGAGUCCAACACACACACACACACAAACCGCGACGUGGACAGCGUAAGCGCUUCAAAGUUGGCCAAAGCUGGAAAUUGGAGCGCUGCGUGGACCGGCAACGGGACCGGGGACCAUGCCGAUCAUUGCCGAUGCCACCAACGAUGAGCCACCAGCAAAAUGUUGCAAAUAUUGUGAGGAGUCUACGCACAGCGUGGACGGCGGCCCUGCAUCGUGGCGUUUAACGCUCGAUCAGGAUCUCAUUGAUACGCUCAAAGGCAACUUUCCCAGUUGGUUUCAAAGCACGUCAGGCGCCACGGCAAUCGCAGCAGCAGCCGGUACAAUAAACAAGCCACAAAUACCACAGCAACAGCAGCAGCAGCAACAACAACGGCAGCAGAAGCUGGUGGCCACCAGCAUCAUACCCAUAAGCAUCGACACCAAAACAGCCAACAGCAGCAACAAUACACUCCAACAACAACAACAGCAGCAGCAGCAGCAGCAGCAACAACAACAGCAGCAGCAAUCGACCAUACUAAGCAGCUGUUCCUCAUCAGCAUCGCCCGCCUCAUCCAUAAGCUCAAACUGUUCCAAGAAAUCAAACAGCAGCUGCAGCAGCAGCAGCAUUAGCAGCGUUAGCAGCUGCAGCAGCAACAGUUCCAACUCUAGCUCUAAAUCGGUUAGCGCAGCAACGGCUCAACGUUUGCUCAACAAGUCCACAUCCACGUCGCCCAACAAGAGCCUGGCACGCACACUCAAGGCCACACAAAAGACGCACAAUAGUAGCCCAAAGGUUGGCCAACUGGUCAAGUCCGCCUCGCUGCAUAGUCUGAGCAGCGGCAGCGGCAGCAGCGCGAGUGGCAGUGGCAGCGGCGGCUCAUCGCUGCUGGCCACCAUCUCCACAUCACCGCUGGCCACCGUUGAGCUCAUCUCGAGCGCCACCUGCAACGGCCUGCUGGCCACACGGCUCAGCGGCAAGGCCUUGGAGCAUACUUUUCAGGAUAUAAUAUUCCUGCACGACGCCUACGACGAUAUGUCGGAAGGUGAACAGCGUCUGGACGCGACGUUUCUGGGCAGCAGCGACGAUGGCAACAAUUCCGAUUGCUACGAUGCACGACAAUCACCGCCAAAGGCCAUUGUCGACUCUAGUCCGUUACAGCCGGCCAUGGAUAAGAAUAAAGAAUCGCUCAAAGUGAAGCUGAUGGUGCGACGGCCGCACUCGCAACUUGUCGAACAGGGCAUUAUACCAUCGCUCAAAACCUCGCCCGCCAUCCACGAACAAUGCAAGCAACUGGAGCGCGCCAAGACCAGCGAUUUGCUGAAGGCCAAAAUUCAACAGCGGCCGAAUCGCGAAGAUCUCGAGCGACUGCACAUACUGGAGGAGGAUGAGUGCCACAUCGAUCCGAGUCUGGCGGAGAAGCAGCGCAUGCUGAAGAAGGCGCGCUUGGCGGAUCAGCUUAACUCACAGAUACAGCAUAGGCCGGGACCAUUGGAGCUCAUCAAGAAGAACAUACUGCACACGGAGAAGCCCAUCGAGAAGAUUGUCAAGGAGGGCUUGGUGCCAUUCAAGGCAACCAGUGAGGGUCUGUUAACGCGGCCACAGCAUCCGCACAGCUAUGUCACCUUCGAAGAGGACUCGCAGAGCUCGGAGAGCGACACGCGGCAGACGCCUCCGCGCCUCGAUGAGCUUAUGCCUGCGGCAACAGCGGCUAGCAGCGGUGCAGUGGCGCCCGCCGAGCCGCUCACAUCGGCGCCCAAGGAUAUGCUACAGGCAGCGGCUGCCUCAGCGGGCAUUGUCACUGUGGCGCUGACCACGCCAACAUCAACGCCCAGCAACUGCGGCCAGUUGGUGCUCAGCGUAAUGCCCUCCAUACAGCUGCUCAAUACGACAGAUUGUCACAUGGGUGGCACCCAUAUCGUGAGUGCACCGCCACCACCACCACCGCCUAUGCCCGUUGGCGGUGCCAUCAAGGUGAAGCAAGAGACGGCCAAUCUGUUUGAGGAGCUGUGCCAGAGCGUGGUCGGGCCAGUAGCCAGUCCAGCCAGCAGUCAUAUGCUGCCUAUGCUCGCUUCACCCUGCUCCCUAGGCUCCAGCACAUCGACGUUGAGUCCGCUGUCUUCCAUUGCAUCACCGCCGCCGCCGCCGACGCGAUUGCACCUGCAGCCGGUGUCCAUGAAAUCGGAUGCGCCCGGCAAGGACAAGAAUCGCAAAAAGUCCAAGUCGAAGCCGGUGUCCAAGGCGCGAACCAUAAAAUUCCACGAGUAUAAAGGACCACCCAGCGCCGCGGGCCAAGCACAGGAUCAAGCGCAGUCGGAUCAAACGACCUCCUACCAGCUGCUCCUUGAGCAGCAGAACUAUUUGCUCAAGUUUCUGGAGAGUCUCAACAAGAACCAAUCCAUACUGCCCGCUGCCAGUGCCGCCACAGCCACCGCCAACAACUCUAUUAGCACCACAGCCAACAGCAUCACAGUGACCACCAAGACAGUGCCGGCGCUGGCCACAUCUAUCACAACAGCUGCAACACCGGCGCCUCUCACGUUGCCCAACACCAUUUCCAUAACCAGCACCACGGGCAAUGCACCGCUGAAAUUCGGGGAUGCCACAUUUUUGACAGCAACGCCUUCAGCUGCGCCCACUCCCGCACCGCCAACCCUCUCGCUGAUAGCCGCACAACAGCCAACAGCGGCAGCAGUCGUUGCCCCGGCCACGAUGCAGCAGCAACAUCCACCGCCGUUGCCCUCUCCAGCGCUAUCCGUGAGCUCCUCUAUACCGCCCAGUCCGGCCAAUAGCUAUGCGGAGUCCACCAGCUCCAUAACAGAUCUGACACGUCUGGAGAAAAUGAAGGUAUCCGACCUGAAGCAGCAUCUCAAGCGACGCAAUUUGCCUGUCUCUGGGCCCAAGCCGCAGUUGAUUGAGCGCUUAAAGCCUUAUCUGCCCCUGGAGCCCAUCGAGUGCUGCACGCCAGCCAGCGCGCCAGCUGCUGCUACAGAGGUUAUCACCAUUAGCGAUGCUAUGGACACCAGCAAUUGUGGCGUUACAGAUGUGCCGCCGCCGCCGGUGGCCAUGUUGGUGGCCGAGUCGCCUGCCAGCGCCUUGGAGCACGAGCAUAUGGAUGUUGUGCAGCAGCUAGACAGCAAUCAUGCGAUGACGCUGCAAACGAUUCUGCCCCCACAGCCCCAAACGGCAACCAUCAUUCAGAACGACGAGCUGCUACGUCGACAGCAGCGCAAAAUAGAUGAGUUGCAGCGGCAGCUGCAACGCUCCCAACAGGAGCUGCAGCAAAUACGACGAAUGCACCAGCAUCAAACGGUUACGGCGCAGGUUGUAAACGCGUUGCCGUCGCAGCAGAUUACGCUGAUAGCCACCACGGGGAAUGGGCCGCAACAAACGCUGACGGUGUUGCCGCAGCUGGAGAAGACUAUACCCGCCAAGGUGACCGUGAAGCCGGCGGCAACAGCCACGCCAGCUGGCAAGCUAAACGGUGUGCACAAUGCCAACAGCAGCAGUCAAGCCAAGAAACCCGCCAACAUCAGCGGCAUUCAAGCCAACAACAAUGGGCAGCAGCAGCAGCAGCCGCCGGCACCAAUCAAUCAGAAAAUGGUGGUCAAGCAGCAGCUGGAGGCGAAGAUACAAAAGCAAAAGGCGGCUGCUGCUGCAGCAGCAUUGCAGCAGCAACAGCAGCAGCAACAGCAACAGCAGCAGCAACAGAUGCGUUUGCUUACGCAAAAGACACAAACUGUACUCAUUCCAUCCAACAACAAUAACAACGCAAAUAGCGCAUCCAAGCUGCCAGCCACGCCCACCAAACAGUCGAGCGCUGUUACUGCUGCGUCUGCAGCAGCCAACACAUCAACAAUAAUGCUUGCCAAGCCAGUUACGACAGCAACAGCAGCCGCAACGCACCCCAACAACGUGGGUCUCGUCUGGAACGAAGGCAAUCAGACCAUAUUCCUGCUGGGCCUCAACGAUCAGCAGAUGACGGCGCACACGUUGGGCAAUAUAAGCCUCACAGCGACAACAACAACAACAGCUGCACCGCAGCAACAGCCAGCAGCAACAGUAGCAUCAUCUGCCACAAAGAAGUUGCUCAAUGGCCACCAGCGCACAAAUUCGUUGCCCAGCAUUGUGUUUCCCAUUGAUGCGAAGCAAAUCAUUUCGCCACAGCAGCUGCAACAACUACAACUGCAACAGCAACAGCAACAACAGCAACACUUCCAGCCUGGUCAACAGCAGCUUAUACAGCUAGACAUAAAGCCCACAACCGCGCCGCCGCCACAGUACGAGGAGGCCACAAAGCAACUGGCGGCCAGCAAAGCAGCCGCCGCCAUGGGCAACAACAUGCCGCUGAUGAAGAUUAAAGAGGAGCCAGCUGCAUCACCUGCGCCUCCAACAGCAGCAGCUGCAGCAGGAGCAACAGCACCGGCAAUCGGCAAAUGCCAGAUGCAGCGCAAGCCAACGGGCAUCAAAUCAGAGCAGGUCAGCGAUGUGCUAGACAUACUAAUCAAGCAAGGUGAGCUGCCAGAGAGCGCCGCGCUGGACCCUAUAACGCCGCUGACACCGUUGCCCGAACUGGCCAUGUUCAAUGGAGUGGCGCCAAGGACUGCAGCUGGCGGCGCCAGCAUUGUGCCGCUCGUGCCCAAGUUGGAAGCGCCACUCACGCCACAGUCGCUGCCAAACCUGGACAUGGCCAUGGACACCAACGACAACCACAUCAGCUAUGCGUCCAGCAAUCCCCAGGCCAGCGCUCAUGGUUACAUUGAGAAUAUUGAUAUGGCCUCACCGUUGCAGCCAGAUGCCUCUGUCAUCGAUGCAGAGAGCGUAGCCAAGACUCUGGACAUAUUCCUGGAACAGCAUCAUGCCACACCACCGCCCAGUACGCCACCCAAAUGCAACAGCAAUAGCGGAAGUGGCUGCGCCAGCGAGAAGCCCAAUAGCCCGGACGCUAAGCUCAAUCAUUUUGAUGAGUAUGAGCUGCUGGAGCUGAUGUCGCAGCAACUGGAAAUGGACAUUGGUGACGACUCAAAAAACUAUUGUGCCAAGAACGGCAGCAACAAUAUGCGACGCGAUCUCAAUCCCAGCCUGCAGCCCAGCAUCAACGAGCUGCUCGACGCCAGCAGUCCGGAUAGCGUGCUCUUGAAUAACAAUCACGGCGGCGAUGUGGACUUCGAUGCCGACAGUUUUGUGGCACAGCUCAGUCAGCAUGUUACUGCCAGUGCCGGCAGCAACACCAACAACAACAGCAACACUUCGGCUGCCGUGGAGUGUGGCCCGACAAAUGGUCACUACAAUAGCACCCCGAUGGACGUGUGCGACGACUUCGAGAACACAUUGAACUCUAUAAUGCAGGCAGUAACACAACCCCAGGCAGCUGGACACGUUGACUAUGCUGCGGCAACGACGGGCAUGGCCAAUGGCAUGGGCAACGCCAUGGACAACGGCGGCGGUGCUGUGGAUGCAUUCAAUGCCACCAGUGACAUUUUCGACUUGUUCAACAUUGAUGACUACAAGAUGAGCUGGGCGGCAGGUGACUUUACCGUAUAAUAAAAGGCAGCACAUCCAUACACAAAAAUACACACACAAUAAACAUUAAAAUGGGCCAAUAAUUUGGUCAAACCGGUUGCUUUGCCCAUUCAAACGAUCCUUAUGCAAUACACGCUAUCGUGUGGCUCACUGUUCUCAAAAAUAUUCCUGAAAAUUCGUUUCGAGAAAUACAAAAAGUGAAAAACAACUAAAAAGAAAUCCUAUU